AUGAGUGACGAAGAAAUUGAAAUAAUAAGGUCAGAAGAAGAAUUUUAGAGGCAAAACAAACUGAUCUUAAGUCUCCAAACUGAGAAUACUGUACGUAUAUGUCAUCUAUAAUUUCCACUAGAGAUUGUAUUAGGUUGAAAAACAGCUGCGAAAAGAGAUAUAAUAAUUGCACCAGAAAUUAAAAAGUAUUGAAAUGGACAAUGCAACAUCCUCUUAUGAGAACAAGAAUUGGAGUAUUCUUAUAGAUUAAACUUAGGGGCUCAGUUGGAGAGUAAUUUAAAAAAAUCAGAAGCACAAAAUAUUUAAUAUGAACUCGAUUUAAAGAGCAUCAACAAAAAGUAAGAGAAGGACAAGCUUGAGAUUUAGAAUUUAAAACAGCAAUUGCAAGAAUCCCAAAACACCAUUGAGAAGGACUAGCAAAUAGAAAAUCUCUAAAAGGAGAUAUAAGGUUUAAACUAAAAAAUAAACGAGUUGAAUUAGGACCAUAAAUAACAAACUGAUAGAUUAAGCAACAAAUUGAAAACUGCUAAAUCAUAAUUAAAAUAAGAAUAACAAAAUUCAGUAUCUUUGUAGGAUAAAGUUAAAGAGUUGUAAGAUGACAUUGUUAACUUAAAAGAUAUAAAUUAAUAAAUGGUCACACAGAUUGAAACUUUAAAUUCAGAAAAAACUUAAAUGAUCAAUCAGAAUGAUGAAAUGCAUACAAAAUUAAAUUAGGCGUUAAUUGAGAAUCAAAAUCUUUAGAAUUAAUUUGGUUUUUCAUAAUCCCAACAUUAAGAGACACAAGUUUAUUUGUAAAAGAUGGUCGCUGAAUCUUAGUAAUAGUAAGAGGAGAAGAGACAAGCCUUUUAAAGAUAGUAAGAAUAACUGAAUAAACAAAAUUAAGAAAUGUCUAUUUAAUUAGAAGAAAUUAAAUAAGAGAGGGCUCAUUUAUUAAAGUUAGUUAGUGAAUUAAACGGUCUUAAGAGUUCCUUGGCUUAAAAAGAAGUCCAGAUCAAGGAUACGAUUGAUAAAUUACACGUAUCAGAAGCUGAAAGAAUCAAAGUUGGAAAAGAAUUGCAGGAUACAAUAUAAAAUCAUUAAACUAUAAAUUCAAAGAAAGAUGCUGAAAUUAUUAGUCUAAAAACUAAAAUUUAACAUUUUGAUACUAAAAGAGAAGAGUACUAAAAAAUAAAGAUACAGCUAGGUGAAACAAUCCAAAAUUUAUUUUUAUAAUUGGAUAAUUCCCAUAUCAAUAUAAAAAAUCUUCAUGAUUAGGUUAAUAGAUUAUAGGAUGAACUAUCCAUAUAAUAAAUUGAAAAGGAGGCUUUCCUCAAGUAAAUAGAAGAUCUAAAAUAACAAUAUGAAAGCAUUCAACAGGUAAAUAUUGAUUAGUAAAGAAUACUUGAACAAGGUUAUAAUUAAAAUAAAGAAAUUAUAGAGAAACAAAAAAAGAAAGUUAGUAAAUAUAACCAAUUAUAAGAGUAAUAACAAUAGUUAGAUUAGAUAUUGAAAUGUAUUUCUAUUUUUUAUUUUUAGAGGGUCUACCUGAGACUUUAGGUUUUAUAAUCGAAUUAAUUGAUGCCAAAAUACAAGAAAUUUAUACGCAGGAAGAUCAGAACCAAGUUGAUCAAAAACAAGAUUUUAAGAUUAAAUAAGAAAGCAUUAUGGAACAUAUAGCCUAAUUUUUCAUAAGAAUGAAAGAAGUUUUAGAAAAAGUGUAAAUUAAAUUCAUUCACAAUAUUAAAUGAAUAGGAUAAAGAAAUGAACACCCC